AUGGGGGAAGUUCGUCCGCUAAACUGCAUCGUUGCUGUGUCCCAGAACAUGGGCAUCGGCAAGAAUGGAGAUCUGCCAUGGCCCCUGCUCAGGAAUGAAUUUAAGUAUUUCCAAAGAAUGACCACAACUUCUUCAGUAGAAGGUAAACAGAAUCUGGUGAUUAUGGGUAGAAAGACCUGGUUCUCCAUCCCUGAGAAGAAUCGGCCUUUAAAAGACAGAAUUAAUUUAGUUCUCAGUCGAGAACUCAAGGAACCCCCACAAGGAGCACAUUUUCUUGCCAAAAGUCUGGAUGAUGCCUUAAAACUUAUUGAGCAACCAGAAUUAGCAAAUAAAGUAGACAUGGUUUGGAUUGUGGGAGGCAGUUCUGUUUAUAAGGAAGCCAUGAAUCGGCCAGGCCAUCUUAGACUGUUUGUGACAAGGAUCAUGCAGGAAUUUGAAAGUGACAUAUUUUUUCCAGAAAUUGAUACAGAGAAAUGUAAACUUCUCCCAGAAUACCCAGGUGUUCUUUCUGAUGUCCAGGAAGAGAAAGGCAUUAAGUACAAAUUUGAAGUGUAUGAAAAGAACGAUUAAUAUGAAGAUGUUUUCUGACUUAAUUCAAUUUGUUCCCCUUCCCCUCCAAAAAUUAAGUACUUUUGCAUUAGAAAAAAAGACU